AUGAUCGAUCUAACGGCCAACCUGGCUGAGGAUGUGAAAACCUUCGUUACCUUAUGCCUGACCAAAGCUCCUCUCAACCGAUGGAAACCUGAGAUCCAAAAGUUGAUCUCUGAUGAAUUGCUGGAAUCUAAAGAGCGAUGUUUUCGUUGGGCAGAGCUGCAAAUCAUGGCACUUGAGAGAUACCGCAAGGAAAGCCAAAUUAAAGAGGCUCUUAAGACAAUCCCUCAGACGCUGGAGGACACUUAUCGCAAAGUUCUAGACAACAUUGAUUCAGAUGAUGAGAAAACAGCACGCGACAUUUUUGUUGUAAUCUGUCUUUCAUCCGUACUUUUUGAUGCGCAGACGGUCGCCAGUAUGGUGGAGCUGAGCUUCCCCGAAGACAUUGUCAAGAUCUGCACAACAUCGUUGAAAACUAUAUUGAAUGAAAAUGUCCAGCUAGCCCAUUUUUCAGUACAGGGGUUCCUCAUUGUUCCAGAGGAAGGUCGUCAACAUCAUCCAUGUCAAUUUUCUAUCACCGAUGGCCAUAGGAAUCUCACUGGAAAAUCCGUGGAUAUUCUUCUUCAGCAGAUCGAGGUCUUGACCCAAGCUGGUGCAGAAAAAAACCUCCCGUUCUUAUAUGCGGCGAAACAUUGGAACACCCAUAUGAAUGCUGCAGGUGGCAUUGAUCAAUUGUCUCCAGACUUACAAGCCAAGAUCAACCGUCUCUUUACCGGAUCCAAUGUUUAUAUUAUCUAA